AAUAUGGAGAGUUCCUACACUGUAAAUCUAAAAAGUUUACCGAUUUUGAUGAAAUUCGUCAGGAGAUUGAAGCAGAAACAGAACGGGCCACAGGAACAAACAAGGGCAUUUCUCCAGUUCCAAUUAAUCUUCGGGUAUAUUCUCCAAAUGUCCUUAACUUGACUUUGAUUGACCUUCCGGGCAUCACAAAAGUUCCUGUAGGUGACCAGCCCCACGACAUAGAAUACCAGAUCAAGGAUAUGAUUAUGCAGUUCAUCAGCAGGGAUAGCUGCCUCAUCCUGGCUGUGACACCAGCUAACUCGGACUUGGCCAACUCUGAUGCAUUGAAAUUGGCUAAAGAAGUGGAUCCACAAGGUUUGCGGACAAUUGGUGUUAUAACCAAGCUUGAUUUAAUGGAUGAAGGCACAGAUGCUAGAGACAUAUUGGAGAACAAGCUGUUACCCUUGAGAAGAGGGUACAUUGGGGUUGUGAAUAGGAGUCAGAAGGAUAUAGAUGGUAAGAAGGACAUCAGAGCUGCUCUUGCUGCUGAAAGGAAAUUCUUUUUAUCUCAUCCGUCCUAUCGGCACGUAGCAGACAGAAUGGGAACACCUCACCUGCAGAAAACCUUAAACCAGCAACUAACAAAUCAUAUACGGGAGACAUUGCCAGCCUUGCGAACUAAAUUACAGAGCCAGCUGCUCUCCUUGGAAAAGGAGGUGGAGGAAUAUAAGAAUUUCCGGCCUGAUGACCCCACCAGAAAAACCAAAGCCCUACUACAGAUGGUCCAGCAGUUUGGAGUUGACUUUGAAAAGAGGAUUGAGGGCUCUGGAGACCAGGUGGAUACUGUGGAACUUUCAGGAGGUGCCAGGAUAAACCGAAUCUUUCAUGAGAGAUUCCCAUUUGAGCUGGUGAAGAUGGAAUUUGAUGAAAAAGAUUUACGCAGAGAAAUUAGCUACGCCAUCAAGAACAUCCAUGGUGUGAGGACGGGUCUGUUCACCCCAGAUAUGGCUUUUGAGGCCAUAGUGAAGAAGCAGGUGGUCAAGCUGAAGGAGCCCUGCCUAAAAUGUGUGGACCUAGUCAUACAGGAACUUAUAAAUACCGUACGUCAGUGUACCGCCAAGCUUGCCUCUUACCCAAGACUUAGGGAGGAAAGUGAGAGGAUUGUUACAACAUAUAUACGAGAGAGGGAAGGAAAAACAAAAGAUCAGAUAUUACUGUUAAUAGACAUUGAGCUGUCUUACAUCAACACAAAUCAUGAAGAUUUUAUUGGAUUUGCCAACUGUUACUAUACAGAGCAGACGAUUCCAGGUGCACAACAGAGGAACACGCAGCACAACAAAAAGCGAGCAAUUCCUAACCAGGUGAUCAGGAGAGGCUGGUUAACCAUAAAUAACAUCAGCAUCAUGAAAGGAGGCUCAAAAGAAUAUUGGUUUGUGCUAACGGCAGAGUCUCUGUCCUGGUACAAGGAUGAUGAGGAGAAAGAGAAAAAAUAUAUGCUGCCUCUUGAUAACCUGAAGAUCAGAGAUGUUGAAAAAGGUUUCAUGUCCACCAAGCACAUAUUUGCAAUCUUCAACACAGAGCAGAGGAAUGUGUAUAAAGAUUUGCGGCAGAUAGAGCUUGCAUGUGAUUCACAAGAAGAUGUGGACAGUUGGAAAGCAUCAUUCCUUAGAGCAGGAGUGUACCCUGAAAAAGACCAGGCAGAAAAUGAUGAUGAUGUUCAGGAAAACACCUUUUCCAUGGACCCACAGCUGGAGAGGCAGGUGGAGACCAUUCGAAACCUAGUGGACUCCUACAUGGGAAUUGUCAACAAGUCAAUUCGAGAUCUUAUGCCAAAGACCAUAAUGCACCUUAUGAUUAACAAUGCAAAAGAAUUCAUCCACUCAGAGCUUUUAGCUUAUAUCUAUUCCUCUUCCGAUCAAAACAGCCUGAUGGAAGAGUCUGCAGACCUGGCUCAGCGACGGGACGAAAUGCUCAGGAUGUAUCAUGCACUGAAAGAGGCUUUGAACAUAAUUGGUGAUUUAAGUACAAGCACUAUUACCACGCCUGUACCACCACCUGUGGAUGACACGUGGCUGCAAAAUACUAACAGUGGGCACAGCCCAACAGUGCAAAGAAGGCCAGUAGCCACUGUCCACCCUCCUAGCCGACCCCCUGCAGUUAGGGGUCCAACCCCUGGGCCUCCACUCAUCCCUGUGCCAGUUGUAAGCGCUGGCUAUGUGGCUCCUCCUAUCCCAUCUCGCCCUGGUCCUCAAGGGCCUUUUGGUGGUGUUAACAAUGACCCAUUCUCUGCACCUCCCCUGAUUCCAUCCCGCCCAGCACGUAUCCCACCUGCAUUUCCUCCAGGGGUGCCCAGCCGAAGACCUCCCGCCGCCCCAACACGACCCACCAUAAUCCGACCAGCAGAGUCCUCCUUACUAGACUAAACAUCUCGAGGGGCCCCAAGGGUAUUAGAGAGAUUACAGCUCUGGAAUUAUCUCUUGAGGGAGAGGGGAUUGUAUUCAGAAUAUUUCUGUCUCCUCCAUUUUCAGACACUGUGUCGACCCAGGCGUAUAAUCGGGCCGCAAAAUAGAAUUAAAUCAGGACAAAAUAUGUACAUGUUACAUCACCAACUGGUUUCAGUCAGACAUAGUAGAAUGGAAGAAUCUAAAAUGACUGUGUUUUUGUGAUAUUGGUUAAAAAUUCUUACCAUAAAGCACAAAUGAGGUGAAUAAAUAAACCAAUAAAGCAGUUUUAACGAUCCUGUAAAAGGGUAAAUUAAGAGAGGGUUUUGCCAUGUUGAGUUGUGAGUACUAGGAAGCAACGGAGUUUGCUGUGACCAAUAUUUUGACUUCUAUGAACUUCACAGGAAGUAGCCAAUUUAGAGCAUAUGGCCCUGACAGAAGUAACAAACGCAAUGAUUCUCUCUGUGUCCCAUUAUUACUAUACUUCACACAUUUCAAUUACACAAACUUUGUCAAUUACAUGACAGCUUCAGAUAUUCCAUUUUGUUCUAUCACAUUUGUUUCCUUGUCAACAACUGCAAGCAGAUGGCAAAAUAAAACCCCACUCAAAAUGGCUUCCCCUUAUCCCAUAUGGCUUCUUGUCUAUUACUUUAGCAUUACAUAUGAAAGUGACUGCAUUCAUUGGUACUUCCUGUGGAUUAGACAUAAAAGUUAAAAUAAGUUCUAGAUAACCUUGCUACUUUUUUUUCCUUUCAAAUAUUUCUGUUCCAAAAUGGCAUCACCCUGGUUUGCACAAAGAUUUGAUAUAUAACACCAUACCCUAUUUUUCAUUUGUGGUUGUUUAAAUUUGUUUUUGUAACACAGAGUCUAACUCAGAUAGUCGUAGUGAGUAACAAAAUGCAGAAUUUACGAAAAAGUGGUUGAAAAGUAUAACUUCCAAGGGGAGAAAAGCACUUUUUGUAUAUGACUUCUGCAAUAUUAAAGAUCCCAUACAUUUUUUUCACCUUUUAGAAUUUACUCUUCUGUCCUCCAUAACCUUAUGUACAGAUUUGGGUUGUUUAAAAAUCCUCAUUAAUUUCCUGUAUGUUUAAUGGCAAGUAAAUCUACUGUCCUGCACAUUUUUCCUGUAAAUAUAGUGUUUGAUUCUCUUAUCAGUGCCUUUAUGCUCUUUGUGGAGAGUUGAAGUGAGUGUAACAGAAAAUAAAUUGUGGAAAUACUCAGGACAUUGCAGAAUUGAACAAGGAAUUGCAGGCUCCCUUCGUUGUACAGGGUUAGCAAACUACUACUAAUAUGUUGUCACCAUAAUAAUAGUUAUAGGUGUAUAUAGUUAAAGCAGUGCCUAGACAUGAGUGUUGGAUAUGAUUUUAAGUAAACAAUCUCUCAUAGGAUGUUCGGUCUCUGACAAUUGUCCUCCAUUCUGAUGGAAAUGCCUUCCCAAAUUGAUUCAUAUGAAUUAAUAAAUUGAGUAUGAUUUAUCUCACACUGAGUAGUAGUAGUAUUGAGAUAAUCAUAGGGUAUAUGGUUUGCUCCCUUUUGGUGAAACUGGAAACUCUUAUGUUUUUAGAAUUUAUUUUUCUUCCUGUAUCUCUGUCUCUCUUUCCUACUAGCUUCAUUUAUGUUGUUUCUAUUUGGAGUUAGAUUGUGUAGGCUGUAGCUAAGCUCCAUUUUUUUUGUUUUUUUUUUAAGAAAGGUACAAUCCUUCUUGUUAUAGUGGGCUUGCUUCCAACCCUACUAUGCUAGUGAUCUGGCAUACCAGAAUAACCACCGUGUUUGCUCCCAGGUCACCACUAGUUUGUAAUUUAUUUACUUCUCAGGACAGGGUAAACUGUGAAGAAACAAGCAAUGUUUGUUUGCAUAUUUUAUACUUUUUAUACUUCAGUCAUCUAUAGAUUUUGUCCUGCACUAUUUGCUGGUGGUGCAAUUUUUGAGUAUUGCGUCUUUGUUUUAUUUUAGGAUGGAAUUAAUGAGCCUGGCUCAUAGUUAAAGUAGCCAUUAUCCCUUUAGCAAGUACUAUGAAAAAAAUAAAAAAUUAGAAAGCAAAGAUUAAUAAUUCCAAGAUGCCACAAGUCAAAUUUAAUGAUACUGUUGAUUACUUAUUUAUUUUUAAGUUUAGAGGUGUCCCCUGGCAGAACAGAAUAGCUUCAGGGGGGUUGGGGGCUUAUUUCAGACUUUACUGUCUUUUUAGAAAAUUUAUUUUGAAAGAAUGAAUUGUAUUGUCAAACAUCUAAACAAGUUUGAUUUAUAUGAAGGAUUCCAUUUUCAGAAUAGAGAUCCUUUAUUAUGGCAUCCUUGCUCUAAAGUAGGCCAAAUUAUGACUGCUAUAGUUCCAAAGGAUACUUAUCACCUUCUAGUCUACUUUAUAUUCGUCCCAUUUGCUCUAGAGCACUUUCAUUUCCAGUUUCACAUUCUAUUUUUAGGCUGACAUAACUCCUAAGGGACUUUAACAAGACUCUUGCUGAUCAGCAAAUAAAAAUGUAACCUCAAGUCAUUUGAAACCUGGAUAAAAUGUUUUAGACACAAGAAAUAAGUGUCAUAAAUUAUUAGUGAUUCUGGUUGUUGGGAAUCCUGAUUGACUGACUGAUUGUCUUGACCCAAGAGCUUACUUUUUUAUGUACUGCUCUAUAAUGGAUUAAUUUUGAAUGGUUUCAAAGGAGACCGUUCAAUCUAUGCCUAACUCUGUGGGACUGCUGUCCCACAAAUCUAUCUUAGUGGAUCCAUUUUCUCACAAACAGAUGAAAUACCGUUGCUGUUUAUGGAAAGCAGGUAUUCUGGGUGAAAGAUUUCUGAAACCCUAACUGGUCAAAUUGUGUGGUAUAAUUUGGAUUUACCUCCGAGCUCAAGAGGCGUCUCUUCCAAUACAUUUUCUGCAACACAAAGCUGAAAUUCUAUGCUGCUUUGUUUUUCCAACAUGUUUUGAUUCAGUCCAACAAUGUGACAUCCUUGGCUGCUUAUCCAUCAGGUAUAAGUUCACGGCAGGUCUAUAAUUUUGACGGUUGCAUGAAUUUUCAUGUGGCAAAGAUAACUCUGCUAAGAAAGUGAUAGAUCUACACUUGUGGUUUUCUAACGUUUUGCAAGUAAUGGGGAAAGUAUAGAUCUUAUUGCUGUAAAAAGAAUUGCUGCAGGUACAGUUUCAGAAUCAAGGGAUAUUUUGCAUUUGCUGCCGAUGCUAGGAGUAUUCCUGGUUCAGACAGGAGUUAUUUCCUCUUAGCACUAUCCUUACUCCCCAAAACACACAUGGGACUGCCUAACCCCUAUACUUUAGCCUCUGGAUAAGCAUAAAACUAUCCUUUGCCUCUAGCCCACUGUAUGAAAUGUUGCUUUUCAGACCUGGCUUGUGUGGCAGUAGAGAUUUACUGAGUAUUUUCCUUUUGAAUUUCUCCAAGAUGAUUAUAUAGGGAGUUAUCAUUCCACUUUCUGUUGAUGCAGGUUUCUGUGCAUUAUGUGGAGCCAUUGGGGGAGUUUUCACAUAUUUACUUAUCCUUCUAGUUUCUAGAAAUGUUUGCUUUUUUCAGGCAUCCUAUUCUUCCUAGGACUUAAAUUUAAUUUAUUUAAUUCUAAAUGAUGCAUAAUUAUCUGUAGAAUACCUAGAUAUAAGGUAUACACCAUACCCUACUUUGAUAUGACACUACAUUAUAUGAAGAAAUUGAUUUUAAUAGUUAUUUUAGGGGCAGCUGUUAGUCUAUAUAUCAUCCUUUUCAUUUAAUAACAAUAUGCAAAUGUCUGUUAUUUGUAGCCCCAAGUCAUGUAUUAAAUACACCUACGCAAUGGAUCUUUUUCUCCAACCAAACAGGUGUUUCUUUGGUGUUCGAAUUGUAUUUGAGAUUAAUCUUCUAUUGUUUACCGCUAGUUAAAAUGUAAUGGAUGAAAAUGCAAUUAUAGUGAUACCUCAAAAAAGGACUGUGGUAUUAAAUAUCUGAAAAAAUCUUAGUUGGAUGUGGCAAAACUGUUUAAAUUUGGACAUUUUAACAAAACAAACAAAAAAAUAUAUAUAUUUGAUUGGAAAAUUGCAACUUUUAAAAAAAAUAUUUGAGCAUAUUAAUGGGGCACUUUUAAGUCAUCAAGAAAAGGUAGUUUGUGAAACAUUUUUUUUUCCUGCUAGUGGAUUAUAAGUGUUUUCUUUACCUCAGAAACUGAGUCACUGUCAGUGUUCUAUGAAUGUGUAUUGACAGCAGCUUUUUUGGAUCCUUUUAUAACAACUAAAUCUAGCCUGCUACACUCAGUGUGUAAGAUAAACUUCCCAUGCAUAAAGCACAGAAUUGUUUGGAGAAUGAAGAAAGCGAUUUUAUAGGCUGUGGCCUGUUUCUCUACAAGGCGUUGCUAUGUUAUUUUACUGACAAUGGAUCAAAACCGUUUACAUCUAAAUGCCCUGAUUAUAUGGUUACAUUUUUAAGGUUAGAUACUUCUGGUGAGUCUCGUUAUCUUUUAAUUGCAUUCUUGCUCUCUCACAAUGCUCAGUAACCCAUAGAUAGCACUUCUUUUCCAUGUAGAUUUCAGAGUCUGUGGUGAAACUUUUCCUGAAUUGAACCUCUGAUCAAGCACUUUGAAGUCUAAUGACAACACUAACAUCAGAGGUGGUACACAGGGAAAGGAAUUCAUGAUUCAAAUAUAAUUUGCCAUUAAGAAACCAGUUGAUACUAACAAAAUGAGGAUUUUUAAAACAAAGCAAAAAAACGAUGUGGACAGAUAUUAGAUCAAUUGUGCACUGUCUAUAUUUGUGACAACAUUCAUCUCCUAUGCAACGAGGGACCUGCAAUUUUGUAAAAUAUCUCUGUACACUCAUAGCCCUAAUGGUGGACGAGCUGCUUUGUAUGAUGCCAAGUGUUUGUAUACACUGUUGAUGAACAUACUGCACUGUGUAAUAAUGGGGUGUGUAGAGAACAUUGGUAAUGAACAGGCUACACUGUAUAGUGAAGAGUAUCCUGUAGGUUUGUUAGUAAAGGUCAGGAGUAUCAUACUGCUAUUUAUUACAGCUUGUUGAUUCCCAACUGGAUGUUCUUAUUGUGAUUUGAAAUUACUUUAAAUAUAAAUUUGCAAAUUAACAGAGGAUCAGCGUGUCAUUGAUAUUUUUGUGCAUUCAGAAGAGCGGUUGCUAUGUGACCACCUAGAUGAAAUGUGUAAAAGUGCCUCCUUCACUCUGUACCUUAUUAAUAAACUAAAAAUAAAGGGAACUUUAUUUUUCUGGUCA